AACCUACCGCUUUCCGUAGUUGAAUCCUUGUCGUCAUAGUAACAAGAGAAGAAACAUUCCGGUCCAAAAAGCUACGUGAAGUAGCUGACUUUACUGCGGCGAGGCAAUAGCCUGACGAGGGCUUCACGGCGCAGGAGCCCCACGACCCGCGGUUCUCCGCGGGCAGUAGGAGCGCCACGACCCCGGAUCCCGGAGGCGCGAUGACGCGUGAGCCCGGCGCCAGCGAGUUCCUGGCCAGCUGCGCCGGGGCUCUGAUACUGCGCUACGGGCUGGCGGUGCACCGGGAGCAGGCGGCCGCGGAGCUCCCGGACGUCGCCAUGGUGAAUUUAGGAGGCUUAAGGCUCAAGGACCUGAAUUCCCUGGACUGCUGCACGUCCCUGAAAAUAUGCAUCGUGUCCAACAACUACAUCACCAAUAUCGAUGCACUCAUUCAUUGCACCAGCUUAGUUCUACUAGAUCUUCAUGGGAACCAGAUAACACAGCUCCCAGGAAGAACCUUUUGGGAGGGCAUGAAGAAUUUACAGAUCCUCAAUCUGCAUGACAACAGUAUCGGAAAUAAAAAAGACAUUGAAGGAUUGUCAUCCUGCUCAAAUCUCACUGCGUUAACCUUGUUUGAUACUCCAUUUAGCCUAGGAGGAAGUUACAGACACUAUGUUGUCAAUAGCAUAUUGUCCCUAAAGGCUUUGGAUAAUUUUGUCAUUUCAGAUGAGGAGAUAAUCGAAGGCUGGGCUCUUCCGGCUAAAUUCAAAGCCAAGAAUCCACGUCUUUUUGUGGAUCUGUGUCGGAAAGCUAAGUUGGAAUCAUUUGAAGCUGCCAUGAAAACAGUGAAAGACAUUAUAUCAAAGAUAAACACAAUUCUGGCCUGUUACUCACCUAUGACAAUUAUUCAGCGCUGCAUUCGGGGUUAUCUAACCAGAAAGCAAUUGGGCUUCUUGAAAAAGCCACAGAUCCCCAGAGGGACAAAAGACAAUGUUAGUCACAUCCACCUCUCAGUGACCAAAGGGCAAAGGUCAGGGGGUCACAGUGACACUACGAAGAGCACAAACCUGGUCAUGAAAUAUCAGAAAUCAGAACACAAUGACAUGAAAAUUCUGCAGGUUACCGUGGACCUGACCAAGCUGAUGCAAUCUGAAGCGCUACAGGAGGUUACAAGUCAGCUGUCUAUAGACCAAGGAAAGAAAGCACACUCCAGGCCUCUCUGUAACACUCCUUACCAGAGCAAAAUUUCAAACGCCACCAGAAAAAAGAACAGGGGACAGAUGAACGAAGUGUGUCGGUCAAAGGAAACCACAGCAGAAGGCCUUGAUGAAGUCCGCUUUAGACUGUUUGGACUCAAGGCUUUGUUCCACUGCUCUGACCCAGUGAGCGACCUGCUGCUGUGCCGACAAGAGAACGGAAAGGACGUCAGACGAGCCAUUGACCAGUUCCAUGCAGCAAGCCAGAACGCCAGGAAGCCUCAAAUCCGAUACCUUCCAGUAGUCAGCGCAGAGCAGAGGCUGAUUGCGAAGUCAUAUGGAUCCAUCAGCCUCGCUCCUUUGCAAGUGGUUGAAAAGGCUUACAGGGAGAGGCAGAGAGCCGAAGCUCUGUCCCGCAAGGCCGACUGGGUGGCGAAUUUAGCCCUCCAGGCAGCAGGCAUCGCCGAGCGAGUGGCGGUGGACUCGAUUGUGGUUGAGGAGGCGAACAGCCGCCUGCUUGAGGCCAGAGCCAGAGUAGCGUCUCUGAAGUCGCGCCAUGCUGCUCUGCAGGCCAUGCAGCCGGUCCCAGUCGACCAAUGCCUUCUCAAAACGAAAGCUUAA